UUUUAAUCUGCGCAACGCACCGAAUGAUCGUUCUGCAGAACACGAUGCAGCAGGUAUCACUGCAAGGAUAUGUACCACAUUAGAAAAUUCUGGAAACAUAUCAAAUAGAUCAUUCUCGUGCAUUGUCUCCAGCAUUUCUGAAACAGUCAUGCAGCCUAAUCCGCGCGCACGACGAAAACUCGCGUACAUUUUCUGCUCAGCUUCCAGAAUCUCGCCGUCGAUUUUGUAAAAUUUAGCAACACGGGAGAAGCUUUCUUCAUCUGGUGUUUCCGUUAAACAGACUCAGAUCUUCUGAGUCUCCAGUCAAUAAUCUACAAUAUGAUUCUUGAACGUUAUACCGAAAUUAAUUAAUUCACGACUGCAAAUACCUCACACCAGCUAAUGCUAAUGCCUCCCGGCCCGUACGCCUAUGCUUGAACAUGGAAGAAAUCUAACAAGUAUUAAAAAAAAAAGACCCUCGGUAGUUUUUAUUGGUAAUCGAAAUUGUAGAAAAAGCGCGGUUCUGAACGAACUCCUUGGCGGAUCCUACUCACCAGUCCACGAGACAGCUUGUGCUUCUCGAAUAGUCAAGAUCAGUCACUCGAUGGGUGAAAAUAAAAUCAGGGUCGUUGACAAAGCAGGAGAAAAAGUUCAACCUAUGGUUACGUUCACAAAGAGAGUUCCUAAGGAAUAUGCGGUGGUUUGUGAUGAUAGUAGAGAGCAAUCAGAACGGCUGAAGUACAUCGUUGAAAUUGCCUUGAAUCAUCCCUUUCUGAAAAGCGGAAUCGAAUCAAUCGACUCCCCGGGAAGGAAUGAGAAUGAUGCUCUAGACGAUGUGCAUGGUGGACGAAUUCUUUGAAAAAGGCACUAAACCUCUCGUCGUGUAUAUCUUCGAUGGAAAUGCACAACUGAGGCAAUCGGUGAGUUUCAAGUAUGGGCCAUAGCUACCUUAUUGCGGAUGUUUCUAAUAACCCAUAUUUUAGUUGUUAUUUUGUGACGGAGGUAAUAAAGAACAGACUCUAUGUUACUGAGACACCCAUCUGUUACAGCGUGAUAAUAACUGACUUUAAUCGCGCACUUUAUAAUCAUGUUUUCUGGGCCGUUAUACGUUACCUAUUGAUGUUUUAAAGACUGCGACAAAACAGUCACGAUAGAACUUGUUGUCCCCAUACAAUACAUCCGGGAUAUCUAACCCGGAAGUGUGACAUUUUCUUAUCGAUAUUAAUGGGUAAAACUGUGUGCAACAUUAUUAAUCACAAAGCAAUCGUAGUAAAUGCUGUAAACGCAGCUGGCAGACAGAGAAGAUUUUGGAUUUAGCCUGUUUCGGUGGAGUUUUUCGGUGGCCAUGAGAAGAAUGGUGACGAGAGAGAGGUUUCUCCCCCUGGGAGGGAGGGAGGUGUGACGAUUUAUCGGACAAACUUGAAAUGUCAAACGAGUGUACAGAAUCAAUAGCUGAUUAGUGUACUAAUCAAUGUAGGCAGAAUGCUCAAAUUAAUUAAGUUCCUCGCCGAAAAAUAUUCCUUUGGACCCCUGCCCCCAACCAAAACAAUUUCAGGUUUUUAAAUAUUUUAAUUAUUUAAAAAUAUUAACACAGCACACUGCAAAGCUCCUGAAGAGAUUCUCCCACCCCUACCUCCUCCCACCCUUCUUUAUUAAAAGAGAUCAAGGGAAAACGCAAAGAGUCGCAGUAAUCGUUGAAACGUACAGGUGGAUCAGCUUAUUUGAUUCAGUUCUGAUUCCUAGAUGUCAACCUACCAUCUCAUUUUCUUUCUUUUAUUCUUUUGCAUUGUAGGAUCUCGACACGAUUCGUUUCCUUCAAGACAAACACCCACAGUUGUCAUUCAUGUUCGUGUGUGACAAGGUAGACACAUCGGCUGGCGCCCAGACAUUCGACGCUCGAAGCUCCGACGAACUUGGUUCCGACGAAGAGGAAACAGAGAGGGGAGUUGACAAGCAGAAAAUUGUCUUUGCCCAACUGCAACACCACAGACUGAUAGCGGUCAGUGAAUCCUAUGACAGUUGUUCUUCUUUUUAUGGAAUAUCUGCGCAAAACGUCCGUGACGACUGAAGGAAAAAACCUUUAGCCCAGCGCCCGUGAUAUUUAGCAAACUUGAAGAUGGUUUGUUGGGUGUUCUUGAAGAAACCAUCAAAAGGCAGGCUAAGCAAGUGGUGAACAAGCUCAUUUUCCUGCAGAUGAGUCUCGUUCAUUCCAUGGACAGAACAAAGCAGAACCUCCCCAGUAUCUUUGGAAGUCAAUUGGAAUUUGACACUACUAAAGCGUUGAGAGAUCUUUAUAUACCACAUUAACCUCAAACAUCGCAAGCGAAGAAAAUGUAGGAGAGCUGGUGUCAUCCAGUUUACUCAGUCUUCAGGAGAAGGUCAUGCCAGAAGCACUUCGGUUCAAUGCAACAAUGCAAGCCCCAGCGGAGGUCAUUCCAUUGAUUGCAAGUUUGCAGGAGUUGGAGGAACGUCUGAGUCACUUGUAUUUGCUUCUCUGUGUAAACGCGACUCGGCCAAAGUGUCAUUUUCCGCUUGAUUGGAAUAAGGAUGACGCUCCUUUCCUUCGAUUCCUAAUCGCCAUGAAAGGGGUUAUUCUAGACAGAAUAUUUAAUGAUUUCAAACGUACUUUUGAAGAGUUUUUAAAGGGGAAAAAGGACGUCGAGCUGCACUCAAGGAACAUUCUCAAUCCACAACUUAGAUAUGCCCUCUCUUUAGCAUAUGGAGCAAAGGCGAAGACGAGUACUUUGCAAGACCAAUCUCCAGAAGAGCUUUCUUUACAUUUGACAAGCCUGGUGAGCAAAGUGCUAAGACGGGUACUGUCAGAGGUUUUGAUUGAAGGGUUAGCUCAUGCAAUGGAAUGGAAAUCUUCAAACACCGAUUUCAAUGUAGCUGAUAAGCCAACUAGGAAAAAAGUCCUCGAGUUAAUUCUUUCCAAAUUCAGCAGUCAACGCAUCACCCACUCAAUUAGUGUUGCCCUACAAGGUCGCCUUGAAGAGGCACACACGGUUUUCUCUAAGAUCUUAGAUAGUCUAACAGUCGUUAACGAAGUCAUAUCGAACACCUCGGCUCACCAGUUGGAAGAAAUGGCAGCCCUGUACAUCCCUACCGUCAGGCAUCUUGUAGUUCAAGGGUUCGCCCUACAGUUCCUGCUAAACAACGGACCACUGACCCUGGGUCCAACAAUCAAACCUACAAAGCACGGAACGAUUCAUGGCUCCACAGGAUGGCCAGGUGAAGUAUCUGCUGGAGAGUUUGUUGUGAAGGUCAUCGAGGAGGAGAAGGUGGAACCGGAUGUUUGGGCGCAGACGGCAGUGGAUUUGAUCAAUACGAUGGAGAUCCAAAGAAGGAUUGAAAAGGCCCAUCCCAACCAUCUUUUUGUUCACGGGUGGCUAAUUCCUGAGCCCGGCGUUCUUCAUGUUUUGAUGGACAAGGCAGAAUUAGACGUGACUACAGCACUUCAACAAGGUUUGCUUCCUUUGAAGACCCGACUGAAGAUAGCUGGGGAUGUGGCUAACGGAAAAUCACAAAUAAAGCCAAACACAGUGAAAAACACAUUUGUCUGGGCAUUUAUAACUCAAGACGAAAGCCCAAAAUUUUAA